AUAGUGUGUGAAUUUGGAUUUAAGGUCACACUUCUUAUAGAGUUCAGUAGGAUGUCACUGCUUUUCCGUGUGGCCGUACGUACGCGUCGUUUUGGAAUCGAUGUAUCUGGAGUGAAUGAGCAGCAGCGCAAACGAGUAGGUUACUGGUUGAUCCUAUGUGCUGGAAUGUGCUAUGGCGCUGUUGCCAUAGGUGGACUUACUAGAUUAACAGAGUCCGGCCUGAGCAUGGUGAACUGGGAUUUAUUCCGCACGAUGAAACCUCCAUUAAGUCAGAAGGAAUGGGAAGAGGAGUUUGAACGUUACAAAUCGUAUCCUGAGUAUAAGUACAAGUCGUCAAACGAAGAAAUGACUUUGGCCCAGUUCAAAUUUAUUUGGCACAUGGAGUACGGCCAUCGCAUGUGGGGCCGCAUCACCGGAAUUAUUUUUUUGCUGCCUUGCGCAUACUUUUGGGCUCGCGGAUACUUUCCCACCACAAUGAAGAGGCGUAUGGCCAUUGCCACAGCACUCAUCAUUGCACAGGGCGCUAUCGGGUGGUGGAUGGUUAAGUCGGGCUUGGAUCCUUCAAACAAUUCCGAGUCUAGUGUCCCGAGAGUAUCUCAGUAUCGACUUGCAACUCAUCUUACUAUGGCUUUCCUGCUCUACUCCCUUUUCCUGUACAAUGGAAUUAGUCACUUUGUAUCGCCUCAUUGGGUACAAAAAUGCGAAUUUCAGUUGUUACGCAUAUUAUCACACAGUUCCAAAGGACUCGUUUUCUUAACUGCAUUCAUGGGAGCAUUUGUCGCAGGAUUGGAUGCUGGUUUGGUUUAUAAUUCAUGGCCCAAAUUUGCUGACUCCUGGAUACCAGAAAAUAUGCUCUCACGAUCCCCGACAUGGAAGAAUUUCUUCGAGAAUGAUGUUACCACACAGUUCAUUCACAGAAAUCUGGGGUACUUGACGCUGUUAACAAUCACCGCCACAUGGCUGGUCGGAUGUCGAAUGCGUUUGAACCGUCGGGCGAAGAUCGCCCUUCACGCCACAAUGGCUAUGGGCUACGGUCAGGUGCUGCUUGGUAUCUAUACGUUGUUGUACUAUGUGCCAGUCUGGCUGGCAUCACUCCAUCAGUGUGGUUCCAUGACUCUUUUGGCGUUUACGUUGUGGCUCACCAAUGAGCUUCGCCGCAUACCUAAAUGA